UUGUUUGGUACGUUAUUGUUUUGGGUUCAAUGAGCACCAAUAUAAACACACUCGUGACAAAGAAAAUGAACUUUGGAACGAAAAGAGCAAUGGCUUCUUACGCAGUUUGGGCUUUAAUUUCCUUUGCAGUGUUAUCUUUGGGGAGCUGCAGAUAUGCAGAAGAUGAGGACUCUGCUAGAAACUUAUUCAAGUUGUGGCAGAAAGAAUAUGAGGUACAGUAUGACAGCUAUCUCCAGGCGGAGGAAAAGUUCCAUGUUUUCUGGGACAACAUCAAGUACAUCAACAAUCUUAAUAAGGAGUACAGUGGUGAGACAGAGUUCGCCCUGAACCAUUUUGCUGCCAUGACAACCAAAGAAUUCAAGCAGAAAAUACUGAUGCCAAAAAGACAGCCGCCAGUUUUUGAUGAAUCAAGAUAUAUCCGUGAUAGACUGGGUCGAGACAUUCCAGACUCAUUUGACUGGGUAGAGAAAGGAAGAGUGACACCAGUCAAGGACCAAGGGGAUGUUGGCACUUGCUGGGCCUUCAGCGCUGUUGAGAAUAUUGAGGGUCAGUGGAUAGCCGCGGGUCAAAAGAUGACCAACUUAUCUGUGGAGCAAGUCGUGGAAUGUGACAGUAACGUGGAUCACUCAGGGAACUCCACACAUGCGGACUGUGGUGUGUUUGGUGGAUGGCCGUACCUUGCAUACCAGUAUGUUAUGAAGGCUGGAGGCAUGGAAACUGGGGAAGAUUACAGUUACUGCUGUGGUCUGGGAGGCAAGCCCGGGACUUGCUCCAUCUGCCCGGCAGCGGGCUACAACUGGACCCUGUGCGGUGAUCCAACCUGGUUUUGUAACAUGACACAAAGCUGUGGGGCUAAGAUUAACCCCAAGAAGUUUGUCCCUGGACUUAAAGUUGUGGACUGGAAAGCCAUCGAUGAGGAUGAAAACACAAUAGCUGAACAAAUGAUGACCAUUGGUCCAUUAUCUGUUGCCAUGGAUGCGACACUUUUGCAGCAUUACCACAAGGGCGUGUUUGACCCCAUCUUCUGCAGCAAGACAGCUCUGGAUCACGCGGUUCUGCUGGUAGGAUGGGGAGUUGAGAAGGACCUGUUCUCCACGAAGCCGUACUGGCGUGUAAAGAACUCCUGGGGCGCAAAGUGGGGAGAAAACGGAUAUUUCCGUAUGCUCCGAGGGUCAGGGAUAUGUGGUAUCAAUACAGCGGUGACGACCGCAGUUCUGCAGAAACCUUAGGGUUGGAUUUGGAUAGGAAGAAUAUUCCUUCUCCUUUGUGAAAACAUGAGUUAAUAAGAUGAUGACACUUUCAAAAUGAGAUUAGAUGAUUAAUUAUUCACUAAUAAAUAUUUUAUUUUAUUAUUAGCAGGUAAAAGUUUCAUAAGAUUGUUUUUUGCAAGGUCAUGAUUCUGAUAUUGUUAAGCUUUGAAAGAUUGUUUGCCACUUAAUAAAUCCAAGAUUGUAGAUUGGCAUAUAACCUUAAACUUACAUGUGAUUAUGGACCUCUGAUUUAUUUCUAUUCUAAUUGUGAACGAGUAGCUGUGGCUAAAAUGGAAAAUAGAGCUCCACCAUCUUUGCUGUUGUUUUGCCUUUGUAGACCAUCAUGGUGCUAGGAUUAUAUGUGUUCGAUUGUGAGAAUGUAUGUUUUUUAUGAAGUUUGAGAACUCAAUAUAUGAUUACCAUUAUUAUCUGUCAAAAACUGUGAAGUUUGUGAACCCAAUAUGUGAUUAUGAUUAUGAUCUUUCAAAAACUGUGAUAUAUUGUUUGUGUGUUACGUGAUAAACUAUGAUUCCGAAAAUAAUAUUUCUUUGAGAAAUAAAAAUGAGCAAACCUUU